UAAAACCACCUACGCUGUUACUUGCUAGCCACCUACCACACACUUCCUAUCAGGCGAACCCCCCCCACGACCGUCCUCUGCGGCUUUUGAAGCAGUGGGUCAAACAACGACGCUAACACUGGAGCUGUAAAAUUAACAACGGGGGCUCCCGUUUAAAGCGCCGCAGCAAGCUCACCAGCCAGCGCAGUGUGAUCACUUGCGACUCUCUCUGAAACGACUUUCUGUUUCGGAGAAGUGCAAAUUGAUAUCCCCCCAAAAAAACAACCACCACUGCCGCAGCCGCCGCCGCACACCAAAAACAAAAUCACCCCAAAAAAUAGAAGCAAAAUGGUGCAAAAUAAGAUCACCGAAAUCACUGGAUUUCACCGCUCCUUCAAGGGCCAAAAUCCCUUUGAGUCGGAUGACUUCACUAAAAAUGGAUCCCUUAUUGAUUCGUCAUUCAAUUUUGAUUCCUCCCCAAGACAUGACAUACCUUCCAGCCAGCCUAUCGACAUCCCCGAUGCCAAGAAGAGAAACAAGAAGAAAAAGCGUUGCCGGGCAACUGACAGUUUUUCUGGCCGAUUCGAGGAUGUCUACAGGCUGCAAGAAGAGGUACUAGGAGAGGGCGCUUAUGCCCGAGUGCAAACAUGCAUCAACCUCAUCACCAACAAGGAAUACGCUGUCAAGAUCAUCGAGAAAAGACCAGGUCACAGCCGCAGCCGUGUCUUCCGUGAGGUUGAGAUGCUCUAUCAGUGCCAGGGCCACAGUAACAUCCUGGAGCUGGUUGAGUUCUUUGAAGAGGAAGACAAGUUCUACCUGGUGUUUGAAAAGCUUAGAGGAGGGUCAAUCUUGGCUCACAUCCACAAGAGACGCCACUUCAGUGAGCAGGAAGCCAGCGUUGUCGUGCAGGACAUCGCCAGCGCUUUGGAUUUCCUGCAUAACAAGGGAAUGGCACAUAGAGACCUGAAACCUGAAAACAUCCUCUGUAAGAGUGCAGACAAGAUUUCCCCGGUCAAGAUCUGCGACUUUGACUUGGGCAGUGGGAUCAAGCUGAACAGCGACAGCUCACCCAUCUCCACCCCUGAGCUCCUCACUCCUUGUGGCUCAGCAGAGUAUAUGGCACCUGAGGUGGUUGAGGCCUUCAGUGAGGAGGCCACAAUUUACGACAAGCGCUGUGACCUGUGGAGCCUUGGAGUCAUCCUCUACAUCAUGCUGAGCGGCUACCCGCCCUUUGUAGGCCGCUGUGGUGGUGACUGCGGCUGGGAGUUAGGGGAACCCUGCCACACCUGCCAGAACACUUUGUUUGAGAGUAUCCAGGAAGGAAAAUACGAGUUUCCAGAGAAAGACUGGGCUCACAUCUCCUCAAGUGCCAAAGACCUAAUUUCCAAACUUCUUGUUCGGGAUGCCAAAAACCGCCUGAGUGCCAGCCAGGUGCUGCAGCACCCAUGGGUGCAGGGGGGUGCAUAUGAUACUUUACCGACAUCCUUCUUGCAUCAAAGAACCAGCAAUGCCAGGGAUCUGACAUUCUUUGCUGACAAGGCCAUGGCUGUGAACCGACAGCUGGCUGAACAGGAUGGCAUGGAAGACCAGCAGCACCAGGAAGUCCCAUUUGUUGUUACCGCUACUGGUUCUUCUAUGCGCCUCUCUCCUCCUUCCAACUCCAAGCUGGCCAGGCGCAGGCAGCGAGGCAGCCAGCCCAAGGGAGGGCCCGUCUCUGCUGCAGAGCUUCGUCAACUCUUGGCCCCUCUUGUUAUUGUGGGAGACUGUGCCUGAACUCUUGUCAACCCUGACCUCCGACCUUCCGUUAAGAUUCAAGUCCAGAUCUAAGACUGCCCUGAGACUCUCCCUCUCCAAUUCUGGCCCCUCUCCCUGACUCUAGCUGGCCUUGGUUCCUCUGCCAUUCAGGCUUUCUUGCCUCGCUGUUAAAGGGAGAUGCUACUUGCAGCCCUUUCUCGAAAUGCCUUCUGCCCUCCUGCAGCACUUCUGAAGCACAUCAGCCCAGGGCCUGCAUAUAGCAAAUACACACAUGUGCAUGUCAGGGUUUGGGAGGAGGGCCAGUUAAUGAUUUGGGAGAGAGAGAAAGAAAGAAGUAUUUUCUAAGUUAUGUUCUUUUUUUCAUAAAACUCAGUUCAGAAGAAAUCCGAACACUUAUCUACAAAACUAAGCUCAGACACCAAAGGACAACCUGUUGUGCUGCUCCCACGUUACAACUGGAUCCACUGUGAAUUAAGUUAUCUGGAAUGUUCUCUUUGCCUGUAUGUAUGUGCAUGAAUGGCCCAAUCUGCAGAUACGUACAAGCUUAUGCAAUAUGCCAAGAUGAAGGCUGUUCCUGUCUCGAAGGGAUUCAGUAUGAGGGGUUGGAAGGGCUGUAAGCCAAUGCUGUCCGUGCCUGGUGCGGUCCAUUAUGUGGCUGGGGACUUCAAAGAUUUUUGUUUAUUUUUAUUUUUUUUUGUGUCUCCAUUUAAAGAUAAAUUCCUCAACACUGUAAAUGUCUGAGAUAAAAACAUGCACUCAUCUAGCUUGGUGGCCAUGCACUUAAUGCUCCUAGAGCCAAGAAUGUUUGUCUGUACCCAGCCAUGACUUACUGUCGCACCGAUCUCAUAGUUUAUUAUACGAACAUGUAUGCUAAAUUAUCAGUGGCCACACCUUUUCAGUGUUUAUAUGAAGCCAUCAGGCAAAGUCUAAUAGUAUUGAAUUAAACUAUUUAACUUGGGUUAUGAUGCAGGGCCACCCCCCCCACCCCCAAAUAAGUAAGACUUCUGAGCUAGCUCAGGAGUAUGUGGUAUGUUGGUACAAGCAAAUUAUGUUAAAUGGCUAGGCAAGUGAAACUGGGUCAGUACUUUCAUUGUAAAGAUUUCAUGACAUGUUCCGUUGCCACAACCAGACUUUGUAUUUUUAUUUUUUUGUUUUUUUUUUUCCAACAGAUCAAUUUAUGCAUUAGAUUGAACCUUGUUGAAUACUUUGGCAGUAAAGGUUCGAACUCCUAUCAGGAGUCUGAAAAGCACAUUUUGGCCAUUGUGACCCCCAAGUGUCAUUUAUUGAUUGAAUACAUUUAUUUGGACCUUUUCUUCAAGGGUUCACCGUUGUCUUGUUUUUGACGAGACACACCCUCCACCCCCCUUCAAAAUAAUGACAUUACAAAUUUAUAACAAAAUAAAAGGCAGAUGAGAUUUUUCAAAAAAGAAACAUUAAAAAAAAGGAAAAACAUUCCACAAAAAUGAAAAACAACAAAAAAAAAGUCUUCCACGGACGUGUAGCUGUAUUAAGUUUACUUUAUUUUUCAUGUUUGAAAACUCCAUGGUAAUGUGCCACACGGAUUUAUUUUAUUUUUUUCCCCCUAUUUUUUUUUCUUAUGGCUGUUAAUAAGCUUUUAUUUUCUAUGAUUUUCAUGCAGGUGCUGUUCAGUUCAGGUGAAACACCGGAUGUUUUCCUUUAAGGUUUUUUUUUUUUUAAUGUUUUGUGUUUUUAAAAGUUCAGAGUAUGUGGUGUAUGAGGUGUAUGAGGGUGAGCUGGAAGAGUUUAGUUGAUCUGGAGCGUUCAUGCCCAGUGAAGGCAAAGUUUUUAAGUUUUAUUUUUUUAUGUGUAAGAGUUGGCAAUAAUCUUUUUUUUCUCGUUCAGUUUUAAGUUCAUUAAGCUCAUUCUGAAACUGACAGGUAAUGGACUGGUGAUGAGGUCUGACAACACUGUAGCCAUUUCACCAAAGAGGGUUCAAGUCGUGAUACUGAACACGUUGAUCCAUCACCUAAUGCAGUGAGAAGUUGGGACUUCUGAUUGUCCAUGUCCUGUAGCCAGCACUGCAGCGACGGUACUCUGGAAAUGGCUCCCUUGGUGUCAAGGACCCAUUAUGCUGAUAAUAGGACACUGUAUUAGUUCUAAAAUACCCUUUCUACACAUGCAUAGUUAUGGGGUUUUAUGUCUUAUAAUAAGACUUACUUGAAUUUGUGUAUGCAGCUGUUUCUUCUCCAUUUGGGAAACUACUUUAUCAGAAAUCUCAAAGCAUUAAGCUGAUGAUGAUUUUUAAAAAAAAGGCAAUCUUGGGGGUUUUGAAAUUACCAAUACAGUUCAGUAUUCUGCCUUUUUCCUCCUUUUUUGAGCAUCAAACAAGUUAGUCCCUACUUUUUUGAUAGGGUUGGAUACUCAAACGCACAGACUUUGGCCACACUCUGUAAUAUCCUCAACGGUAAGAGUUUUCCUGGUCACGACCAUUUCUACUUUUUUCCUUUUUGUCAAAAACGGCAGUAGCUUUUUUUUUUUCCCUUCGACUGCCUUUUAUUGGGGGGGAUGAGGGGACAAAAUGAUAUCCUUUAAAGCCUCGCAAUUUUUAUAUUGUAAGUCAUUUUGAAGUAAGGAAGUGUUAAAAACUCAGUCAUUCAUUCAAAUGGACAGUCCCAUCAUCGACCUCCCCACAAAUCUGAAUGUAGCCCACCAGGCAAAAGCAUUUACAAUCCAGCAACAAUGAUCAAAUGUUUUAUAAAUGGUUCAUUUCAUGGACGUGGUGUGGGGUUAUUCUGUCUAUGUUGAUACAGUCCUCAAUAUAUUAUAUUUUUCUUGAGUUGACACCUGAUUUUAACACUGAAUCGCCCCCAAAACCCAUUUUUGUUCAUGGGAAGAAAUUUGAAAUAAGUACAAAAAAAAAUAUUUUGAUUUAAAAUAAGCACUUUACUGUACCAUGUGAAUGAUUGCAGUUCACUCAAGGCAACAUUUAUGACUAGUUGCUACAGAAUUUUGUAUUGUUUUUCUAAAAAAAAAAAUAAAAAAAAAUUGCAAUAAAAUGCUUUGAACUACA